AGCGAGGAGCAGGCGAAAGCCUCCCGAAACGCCGCCCCAUGCGCCCCGCUCCGCGCCGGUCACCGGCGCCCCUGGGGUGGAGAAAGGGACCCCCCCACACCGGGGCCGCCUGGGGAUAAAAUUUAAAAGAGGCUCCCAAGAGCUCCCUCAGCUGCACUGCAUCGCCCCAGCCAGCCUGAAGGGAGAAGCAAACGAGGAGCAGACAGACCACGCACCCUCGCUCUGCCUGCAGCUCAGCCCGGCUCUCCUCACCUCCUCCCUAGCCCGCCAGGUCCUUCUCCCUUCAAAACUUUCCCUGAUGUUGUGUGCUGAGCUCGGGCGGGUGCUUCGCCUUCGCCGCUUGCCUGCUCCGCCCGCCUCGCAGAUAAUUUGCAGCUGUAGAGAGGCCCGCGUCGCUCUCCCUCGACGGCUGCCGGAGCUCCCGGUGGGAACUAACAGGGGCUGCAGCUGGAAAGGACCCGACGAGGAGGGACAACAAGCUGGAGAAAGUUGGGUUACUCCUGCCAGACACCGGCUGGAAACCGCUUGCAAGGUCCCUGCCCCACCGCUUUUUCGUGAAGCGCCAAAAUCUCCUGCGAAAGUUGCCGGGAGCGUCACGGCUCCCCAGCCGGCCCCGGGGCUCUCCGCUCCGCCGACCCCCGACGGGGCGUCCAGGGGGCACGGUACGGUACCGCGCCCGGCCGGCCGGGCUGGCCCGGGGUCGUCUCACCCCUCCCUGCCUGCCGGCUCUGCUGGGCGCGCCGUGUUUUCUUCCCCUUCGGCUUUCCAGGUUUUUCCCCUCCCCUCUUCACCAUUUCAUUCCCUUUCGGUGGGAAAAAGAAAAAAAAAAAAAAAAAAAAAAAAGGAGCCAAUUAAAGCAGCCGUGCUCGGAAGAGCCCUGCCUCCUGCCCAAUUCUGCGAGCCUUACCUCGCCCCGGCCCUAUUAGAGACAGCACCGCAGGGCUGGGGAGAAAAAGGGACUUGCUUCGGGUGGAGAGAUCAGCCGUCAGUCCGGGGUCCCUCCAUCCUCAGGACACUCACGGCAAGGUCGGCUUCUCCCGGGUGGGACCUGAGAUACGAAAAGUCCAGGGGUAGCGGGGGGGUGGGGGGGUGCCUCCUGGUUUGCACGGGCAGCGAGCCGGGGGUGGGGGGCAGCGCAGGUUGCCGGGGGGGGGGAUGUCACCUGUGCCGGCGCUGGCUGGUGCCAGCAAAGUUUUUCGGGGCCCCCCAGAUCGGUUGCAGGCUGGCGGAGCUGCCUUGUGCAUGCGGCUCGGGAGCGGCGGGGGGCCCCGGUGGGGCGGCCGUGCUGUGGGGGCCCCCAGCCCGGUGCGUGGCUGCGGGGGUCGGCGGUACCCGUGGGACUGCCGGCCCCGGGCUGUGCUGAUGCUCGUACGUCAAACCCGGAGCGGCGGAGCUGUGCGUUCCCCCCCCGCGCAGGGCCCAAGGCGAGACCUCCGGCCGGGAGGAGGAAGGAGAUGCUGCGCGACCGCCCCGGGCAUCACCACCGGCACCGGGGGGCUGCGCCUGCUCCCCGGGAGCGCCGGUGCGGAGCCCUGCUUUGCCAUCCCUAUCUCCAUCUGCUUUGCUAGGGGGAUAAAACGCUGCUUCGGGGGAGCCUAGACCCGCUCGCCCCGCGGGGCUCCGGAGCCGGCGAGCGCACCCGUGCCUGGCUCGGCGGUGUAGCCGUGAGCCCAGCCCGUAAAGGGGAGGCAGCGCCGUGGAAGCCCCUCUUAGCGGGGCGGACUGUUCCCCGGGCCCCGGCACGCCGCUCUCCCGGCGCUGGCCCCGCCGAGGCUCCCGGGGACGGGCUGAUGGGCCCCGUCCCUUAGCGACACCGGGUGCCCUCCGCCUCUUCCCCGGGGUGGUCCCUGCGUGCCUUCCCGCCUCGGCCACGCGUGGGCUUGGCGGCCCCCCGCUUCUCAUGGCGCUGCUCUGCUGCGCGCUGCCCCCAGCCCGGCCCCGCGGCUCCGCAUCGAUGUCCGCUCGCCGCGGUAGCUAGCGAGAGGUGCUAUACCCCAAGGGAAGGCGGAUGGAAAGACGUACCCCGGCAGGCACCGAGUCGCCGUGUGAACAAGUCGCUGCCUGGAUAAAAAUGUAAUUU